AUGUUACGGGAGUCAGAUUGGGCUUGGCUGGAAAGCUGGAGAGGCGUUUGUGGAUUUGCUGCAGCCAUUCAAGAGAAGCUCGCGAAGGAUUUGGAGAAGUGCUUUGCAACCAAACUGGUGCGUCUUGCUGCUGCAGCGCAGCAGCAGCAGCAGCAGCAGCAGCAGCAGCAGCAGCAGAACCUGCUGCAGUGGUCCAGUGGUCUGCUGCUGCGCGCAGGACGGAUUGCUUUAGAGCAGCCAGUUCAGUCCAGUAGUUGGCUCCAGCAUGUCUGCGAGCCCGCCUCCGCGCCGCAGCGCCAGAGGACAGCCGCUGCAGCAGCUGCUGCUGCUGCUGCUGGCUGGCGCUCUGCUGCUGCUCUGCGCCGAGGCGAAGAGCCGCACUGCGCGGCCCUCAGCAGCAGCAGCAGCAGCAGCAGCAGCAGCAGCGCCUUCCUUCAACCCCCAAGCGAGUGCAUGCAGCAGCAGCAGCAGCAGCAGCAGCAGCAGCAGCAGCAGCAAGACCCGCGGGGAAACGGCUCGCAAGAAAAAAGCAGCAGCAAACGAGUUCUCUCGCCUAGUUCGCAGUGA